AUGGUCCUCGAACUUCGCCAUGAUGGCCAUGGCGGGAUGGACAUGGGGAGUAUGGGAACCUCUUCCGGUGUCCCAGGUUACUUCUACAUGCAAAAAAUGUAUUGGGCCGCAAUCGGCGCCGUCAUUGCUUUUGCUGCACUGAUCAACCUUCUCGACAUCAUUCUACUCUGGCAACGCCAACAAAGUCUCAACGCCAGACCAAAACUCUUUCCAGCAUCCCUCUACGCCACCCUAGCCGCCACCACCCGUGAAAUCUACUCAGCCUCUCUACCAACCUACCAUCUAGGAUGGCUGAAGCUUCGCUCGCCUCUGGCCGGCAAGGUCGCGGUUGUUCUUUCCUAUCUCAUUACUGUGGUCGUCAUGUGUUUCUACAUGUACGAGACCGAGGACCAAUGGAGUUGGGAAAACAUUGCCUAUCGAUGUGGUUGUAUUGCUCAGGCUCAACUACCGCUAGUUUUCCUGCUCGCUGGCAAGCAGAAUAUCAUUGGUUAUCUGACGGGGAUGAGUUACGAGCGCCUCAAUUGGUUACAUCGUUGGGUCGCUCGGAUUCUCUGGCUCACUGCCACCUUCCAUCUAAUGUUUUGGUUUCGAAGUUGGGCCCGAUACGACUACAUCAAAGUUAAAAUGUCCAAAGACCGGUUGACCCAGACUGGCUUCGCGUCUUGGUGCAUCUUAACCGCACUGGUGGCUUUUUCAUUCGCACCCAUACGACGUUUCAACUAUGAAGUCUUCAUCAUUUCUCAUGUGGUGCUGUUUGCUGGCUUACUAGGUGCCAUUUACACCCACGUCACCUAUGGCCAAACCUAUAUUUGGUUCUGCGUAGGAAUCUUCUUCUUCGACCGAGUGGCUAGACUCGCCGUCACUGCCUUCGCCAACUUAUCCUUCCUCCAUCGAAAAUCACCAGGGAGACAUUGGCUAUGGGCCAAUCGUGCCACUCUCACUCCACUACCUGGCGAUGUUACUCGUAUCACCAUUGACAAACCGGUCUUGAGAUGGACUCCCGGCCAGCAUGUCUUCCUUUCUUGUCAUACGGUAGUCCCCCUACAAAGCCACCCAUUCAGUAUUGCUUCUCUUCCAUCUGACGACAAAUUGGAAUUUCUUGUUCAAGCUCGUAGAGGUGGCACAAAACGAUUUCAUCGGUUUGCCUCUCGGAGUUUAGAACGUCCAGACAGCCGACGGUCCCUCUUUUACAGACGAGUUGCCAACAAUGAUGGAGGACUGAGCCAUCAAAAGCUGGUUGGCGUUGAGGGCCCGUAUGGCAAAAUCAGGCCACUUCGCCAAUUUGAUAGUGUUAUCUUCCUCGCUGGCAGUACCGGAGCUACAUUCACCGUGCCUUUGAUGCGCGAUAUCAUUGAGCGUUGGAAAGCUCACGUCUCAGGGUCAAGCGGGAGUGUGACAAAAACUAUCAGGUUUGUAUGGGUUAUCAAGGCACGAGAUCGGCUCUGCUGGUUCCAGGACCAGCUGGAAAAGGCCAUUUCUGAUGUUGUGGAAAUUCAAAGGACCCAAGGCCACUCACAAAAACAGCUCGACAUCAGUAUUUAUGUCACUUGCGAUGAGGAAUUAGAUGCAUCGAAUCCUGAUGAUCGCUGCGAACCACCCAAGCAUGGAAUUGCAGAAAUGAACCCUUCUGCAGACUCCCAAAACGAGAGCAAGAGCCAACAACUCGUGGAUGAAAAGAUCGAGCUACAAUCAUUGACCUCGAAAGCUGAUAUUUCUGGUCAUGUGAGCAGUGGAUGUUGCUGUAAGGCCGAAGUCAAUGAAGACGGUGGGCCCAAGCCAUGUUGCUGUGUCCGACCUACUUCCAGCAACGACUCAAUGUCGUCCUUUGAUGAGAAAGAUGGCAUUGUGCCCGCCACGGGUACACGUUCAGCAUCCACCAAACUCAGACUAGUCUCGGGUCGCCCCAAAACGCGAAACAUCAUGCGCAAGGUUCUUGAGGAGGCCGAGGGAGAAAGUGCAGUAGUGGUUUGUGGUCCCCAAGGAUUACAAGAUGAUGUUCGUCGCGGAGUUGUCGCGUUGAGUGAUGAGCGUGGUGUUCAUAAAGGGACCGGUGCUCAAGGAAUUUACCUGCAUGUCGAGGGCUUUUCCUACUGA